AUGUAUAUCAAACAGGUGAUCAUUCAAGGCUUUCGCAGCUACAGAGAUCAGACUAUUGUUGAUCCUUUUAGUUCAAAACACAAUGUUAUUGUGGGAAGAAAUGGAUCUGGCAAGAGUAAUUUCUUUUACGCCAUCCAAUUUGUUCUUAGUGAUGAAUUCAGUCAUCUCCGACCAGAGCAGAGAUUGGCUCUUCUACAUGAAGGAACAGGUCCCCGAGUCAUUUCUGCCUUCGUGGAAAUUAUAUUCGAUAACUCCGACAACAGAUUGCCAAUUGACAAGGAGGAGGUGUCGCUGCGAAGAGUGAUUGGAGCCAAAAAGGAUCAGUAUUUCCUAGACAAGAAAAUGGUGACGAAAAAUGAUGUAAUGAAUCUUUUGGAAAGCGCUGGCUUUUCCCGCAGUAAUCCCUACUACAUUGUUAAACAGGGAAAGAUUAAUCAGAUGGCCACAGCUCCGGACUCUCAGCGUCUGAAGUUGCUGCGGGAAGUAGCUGGGACUAGGGUGUACGAUGAGAGGAAAGAAGAGAGUAUCUCCUUGAUGAAGGAAACUGAGGGUAAGCGUGAAAAAAUCAAUGAGCUACUGAAGUACAUCGAAGAGCGAUUGCACACCCUAGAGGAAGAGAAGGAAGAACUUGCCCAAUACCAGAAAUGGGACAAAAUGAGGAGAGCACUGGAGUAUACCAUCUACAACCAGGAGCUGAAUGAAACACGGGCCAAAAUGGACGAGCUUUCCUCAAAGCGUGAGACCAGCGGUGAAAAAUCAAGGCAGUUGAGAGAUGCUCAACAAGAUGCUAGAGAUAAAAUGGAGGAAAUCGAGCGUCAAGUGCGCGAGUUGAAAUCAAAGAUCUCGGCGAUGAAGGAGGAGAAAGAGCAACUGAGUGCAGAAAGGCAGGAGCAGAUAAAACAGAGAACCAAACUAGAGCUGAAAGCCAAGGAUCUGCAGGAUGAACUGGCUGGGAACAGUGAGCAGAGGAAACGUCUCUUAAAAGAGAGGCAGAAGUUACUGGAGAAAAUUGAGGAGAAGCAGAAGGAGCUGGCUGAAACGGAGCCCAAAUUCAGUAGUGUGAAACAGAAAGAAGAAAGCGGCAUUGCAAGAUUGGCUCAAGCAACACAGGAGAGGACUGACCUGUAUGCCAAGCAGGGGCGUGGUAGCCAGUUCACCUCUAAAGAAGAGAGGGAUAAAUGGAUUAAGAAAGAACUCAAGUCUUUAGACCAGGCCAUUAAUGACAAGAAGCGUCAGAUUGCUGCCAUACACAAAGAUCUGGAAGAUACUGAAGCAAAUAAGGAGAAAAAUCUUGAGCAGUACUCUAAACUAGAUCAAGAUCUGAAUGAAGUGAAAGCUCGGGUGGAAGAACUGGAUAAAAAAUACUAUGAGGUGAAAAAUAAGAAGGAUGAGCUACAGAGCGAGCGAAAUUAUUUGUGGCGGGAGGAGAAUGCAGAGCAGCAAGCCCUGGCGGCUAAGAGGGAGGAUCUAGAGAAGAAACAGCAGCUGCUCCGGGCUGCCACAGGAAAGGCAAUUUUAAAUGGCAUUGACAGCAUUAAUAAAGUUCUGGAGCACUUUCGGAGGAAGGGAAUUAAUCAGCAUGUUAUUAAUGGCUACCAUGGCAUCGUCAUGAAUAAUUUUGACUGUGAACCUGCCUUUUACACUUGUGUGGAGGUCACAGCAGGGAACAGGUUGUUCUAUCAUAUUGUUGAUUCAGAUGAGGUCAGCACCAAGAUCUUAAUGGAGUUUAACAAAAUGAAUCUUCCUGGAGAGGUUACCUUCCUGCCACUCAACAAGUUGGAUGUUAGAGACACAGCCUACCCAGAGACCAAUGAUGCCAUUCCAAUGAUCAGUAAGCUACGGUACAAUCCCCGAUUUGAUAAAGCUUUUAAGCACGUGUUUUGGGAAGACACUUAUUUGUCGAAGUAUGGAGGUGUCCACACAGCUGGCCAGGGCAUUCACUAUGGAUUGUAUCACCCUGGAGGGUGAUCAGGUCAGCCAUCGGGGUGCAUUGACUGGUGGCUACUAUGACACCAGAAAGUCUCGCCUGGAGCUGCAGAAGGAUGUACGGAAAGUAGAAGAUGAAUUGCAUGCACUGGAGGCAAAGCUGAAUGAGAACCUACGCAGAAACAUUGAAAGGAUUAAUAAUGAAAUUGACCAGCUCAUGAACCAGAUGCAGCAAAUUGAGACACAGCAGAGGAAGUUUAAAGCUUCGCGAGACAGUAUAUUAUCAGAGAUGAAGAUGCUGAAGGAGAAGCGUCUGCAGUCUGAAAAGACUUUCAUGCCAAAGCAACGCAGUUUGCAGAGCUUGGAGGCCAGUUUACAUGCCAUGGAGUCAACUCGGGACUCCCUUAAAGCAGAGCUGGGGACAGAUUUGUUAUCACAGCUAAGUUUGGAAGACCAAAGGAGGGUAGAUGCCCUGAACGAUGAAAUCCGACAGUUGCAGCAGGACAAUCGACAACUCUUGAAUGAAAGAAUCAAGCUAGAAGGCACAAUCACUAGAGUAGAGACUUACCUGAAUGAGAACUUACGGAAGAGGUUGGAUCAAGUAGAACAGGAACUGAAUGAGCUAAGAGAGACAGAGGGAGGGACAGUACUUACUGCAACCACAUCUGAGCUGGAGACCAUCAACAAACGUAUCAAGGAAACAGUGGCACGAUCAGAAGGUCUCGAUGUAAAUAUUGAUAAAACUGAAGCAGAGAUAAAAGAACUUGUAAAGAGCAUGGAUCGAUGGAAGGCCAUGGAAAAGGAACAUAUGGACGCCAUUAAUCACGAUACUAAGGAACUUGAAAAGAUGACCAACAGACAGGGAAUGCUCUUGAAAAAGAAAGAGGAAUGUAUGAAGAAGAUCCGAGAACUGGGCUCCCUUCCGCAGGAGGCUUUUGAAAAAUACCAAACAUUAACUUUAAAACAGCUAUUCCGCAAGCUAGAGCAGUGCAACACAGAGUUGAAGAAAUACAGCCACGUCAACAAGAAAGCUUUGGACCAGUUUGUGAACUUUUCUGAGCAGAAAGAGAAGCUCAUUAAACGUCAGGAAGAGCUGGACCGAGGUUACAAAUCCAUCAUGGAGCUAAUGAAUGUCCUAGAGCUCCGGAAAUACGAGGCCAUCCAGCUUACUUUCAAGCAGGUAUCAAAGAACUUCAGUGAAGUGUUCCAAAAGCUGGUGCCAGGAGGAAAAGCCACACUGGUGAUGAAGAAAGGGGAUAUAGAGGGGAGCCAGUCUCAAGAUGAAGAAGGGAGCGCCGAGAGUGAAAAAGGAUCCAGCUCACAGAGCAGUGUGCCAUCGGUUGAUCAGUUUACUGGUGUUGGAAUCCGGGUGUCUUUCACUGGUAAGCAGGCUGAAAUGAGAGAGAUGCAGCAGCUCUCCGGAGGACAGAAGUCCCUGGUGGCCUUGGCGUUGAUUUUUGCAAUCCAGAAAUGUGACCCGGCCCCUUUCUACCUGUUUGAUGAAAUUGACCAGGCUCUGGAUGCCCAGCACAGAAAAAAAGCCGUGUCAGAUAUGAUCUUAGAAUUGGCAUCACAUGCCCAGUUCAUUACCACAACCUUCAGGCCUGAACUGUUGGAGUCUGCUGACAAGUUUUAUGGAGUGAAAUUUAGAAAUAAGGUGAGUCACAUUGAUGUGAUUACAGCAGAACAGGCCAAGGACUUUGUGGAAGAUGACACGACUCACGGUUGA